CUUGUCCCUGCUGCUCACUCAUUUGUGCGUCCGGUCUGGUGUGGAAGCAGGUUAGAAGAUGGCGCUCAACGUGCAGCAUUCUCUGCUGGUUCUGCUUCUUCUAGGAACUGACGUUCUCAUCAGGAUUCAUGGUCAAGAGACCAGUGUUUCUGAGGCAUGGACCAGCAAGUCCUGCAAAUGUGACUGUGAUGGAGCUGAAUCUCCGACAGAGUUUUCCAUCAUGGGGUCUGGCUCUUUAAUGAAAGGAGUGGAUUGCAUGCCAGAGUGUCCAUAUCACAGGCCUCUUGGAUUUGAGGCAGGGUCUGUGAGUCCAGAUCAAGUCACCUGCUCUAACCAGGAGCAGUACACCAGCUGGUUCUCCUCGUGGCUCCCAAACAAGGCCAGGCUCAACAGCCAAGGUUUUGGGUGCGCGUGGCUGUCCAAGUUCCAGGACAACAGUCAGUGGCUGCAGAUCGACCUGAAGGAGGUGAUGGUAGUCUCAGGGAUCCUCUCUCAGGGCCGCUGCGACGCUGAUGAGUGGGUCACCAAAUACAGCGUUCAGUACCGCACAGACGAUAAGCUCAACUGGAUUUAUUACAAAGAUCAAACUGGAAACAAUAGGAUAUUUUAUGGAAACUCUGACCGCUCUUCCUCUGUCCAGAACCUGCUGCGGCCUCCCAUAGUGGCUCGUUACAUCCGCAUUCUCCCCCUGGGAUGGCACACUCGCAUUGCUCUGCGCCUGGAAUUACUAAUCUGCAUGAAAAAAUGCAUGUGAACCUCUCCUUCUUAUAUCCCUGAAAGCAUUGUCCCAAAGCCUGUGUGGUGUUUAAUUAUGUAUUCUUAGAUCUAGCUACAUGAAUAUCAAAUUGACCCUGAAAUAUUCACGACCCCAAACGGUUUUACAUCCAACAUGCUUCCAUGAAAAUAGCUUUGUUUGAUAUGUAUAACAAGCUUUCGUUCAGUCCGCUCCACAUUGUCUGUGCUAAACCAGUCUCCCACUGGGGCUCUAAUUUGAAGAGUUCUCAAUGGGUGGCUUGGUUUGCAGAAAAAUGGCAUAAAUUCAAAGCAAUAAUCAGUAGCUGAAUAGAACAGGCAGUGGUUUGUUGCUGCAGGUUUGUGCUGUUCCGUGACAAACGGGGUAAAACAUUAUUUCAGCAUUUCUCAAUGUAUGACUAAACCAGACAGUCCAUUCAUUAAACACUCUAGUUAUAAGUUACAUUUAUAGUGCGGUCCAUUAAUCCUACAUAAAUGCUACAGACAGUUAAAUUAACUGAACUGUUUCUGUUUCUGAAGCCAGAAAAUCCAAUUAGUUUGAUUAUAUUCAAUUUCUUUUAAAAACAAAUUCAAACCUUUAGCAGAGGGCAGCUUAUUUUGAAUUAAAGACAGUAAAUAUGUUCUGAAAAUAAAUGUGAGCUAUUUUAGGCCAUUGUCACAUGAAUUUGAUUUAUUUGAAAGGGAACAGUGUAAUAAUUUAAUAAAGCACAUGACAAUUCAUGAGUUAAAAAAGCCAGAAUUAGUCAAAGGGCUAUUUUUCAUCAGUAGUCUCCUACAGAUUUUCUUUCUGAUAACUGCUAUUAUUUUUGAACUUAUUCUAAAAAGGGAUUUGUUAAGUGGGAUGUCACAAGCCCCUGCUCUACUUUAUAUCUGGUUAGCAAAACAGCUUCAUUGCUGCAUAGAAGGAGAUAGUGUAACUCAUAAAAACUACAAUGUGAAUGUAAAGAAUAAGCUUUAUUAGGAAGCUAUAUAUAUGUUCAUUUAUGUGUUUUCAAAGAACAAAUGCAAAAACCAUUAAGAGUGAAGACAUUAUUGACUCGAAAAACUGUAAAAGGCUUCAUAUUAAAUCUACAUUUUACUGCAAGCAUAUUUUCAU